AUGGCGGCGGCGGCGGCGGCGGCGGGCAGCGAGGGCGGGAGGAGCGACGGAGCUGAGGAGGACGAGGUGGAGGAGCAACUGGUCAUGGUUGAGCUAUCAGGAAUUAUUGAUUCAGACUUCUUAGAAAAAUGUGAAAACAAGUGCAAGAUUUUGGGAAUAGAGACAGAGAGGCCCAUUUUACAAGUGGACAGAUAUGUAUUUGCAGGAGAAUAUGAAGAUGCUUUGGGAACCUGUGUGGUUUUUGAAGAAAACACAGAGCAAGUAGACGCAGAAGGCAACCAAAAAGUACAGCUGAAAUACAAGUGCCACACAGUGAAGAAGUUGAACAUGACACGGACCCUUCUGACAGAAAAGAAGGAAGGAGAAGAGAAUGUUGGUGGAGUAGAGUGGUUGCAGAUCAAGGACAGAGAUUUUUCCUACAGCAGGCUUAAUAUGAUUUGCAGUUUUCUGCCUGAAAAGGAUGAUUCUGAGGAGUCAGCUCAGGCCCAAGAUAAAUUGACUGAAGAGUCAGAGGGAGAGGUGAGUGGCAAAGGCAAUUCUAACAUGAACUGUGACCUUGAAAAGCAGCCCAACUUGGAAAUGGAUGCCCCUGUUCCUUUGCCUGACAGCUCUGCUUCUGGGGCAGAGGAAUCUCCUUCUGGAAAUGCUGCCUUAGAGGAUGUACCUCCAUGACACUAACUCUGAUCUUUUCAGGAUUUCUUCACAGAAUUAAUGGGCCAACUUUUAUAGGCCAUGACAUGGUUUCCACAUUCUCUGAAAAAUGGAGAGUGGAAAAACAGACAUUAUGUUCUUGUGCAUUGCUUUUGUGUUUGAGUUAUAGUGGGAAGGGCUUAAUUGUUUUUUAAAAUUACUGACUGGAAAUGUGUGUAUCCCUACCUCAAAACUGGACAAGUGGAAAUGGUUACAUAAUUAAAAGAAGCUCCUUGCUUAAAAAAGGUUGAUGUAUUGUACAGUCUGAGACAUUUUGUAAAAAGAAAGAAACACCAUUGUUUAAAAUAAAGACCUGAAUUUUUCAA